AGGCGGGCUAAAGUUAGCCCGGCCCGGCUCGGAUAUAAAAGCGAGUGGAAAAGCGGAGCGAGCGCGGCUUCAUCAGGUCUCUUCUUCUUCUGAUCCAGGAAGGUUCUGCUCACGUCUCGAGAUGGCACCAAAGAAGGCCAAGAGGAGGGCAGGAGGCGGAGAGGGCUCCUCCAACGUGUUCUCCAUGUUUGAGCAGAGCCAGAUCCAGGAGUACAAGGAGGCUUUCACGAUCAUCGACCAGAACAGAGACGGAAUCAUCAGCAAAGACGAUCUGAGAGACGUCCUCGCCUCCAUGGGUCAGCUGAACGUGAAGAAUGAGGAGCUGGAGGCCAUGAUCAAAGAGGCUCCAGGCCCCAUCAACUUCACCGUGUUCCUCACCAUGUUUGGAGAGAAGCUCAAGGGCGCUGACCCCGAGGACGUGAUCCUGAGCUCCUUCAAAGUCCUCGACCCCGAAGGAACCGGAACCAUCAAGAAGGAAUUCCUUGAAGAGCUCCUGACCACUCAGUGUGACAGGUUCUCCAAGGACGAGAUCAAGAACAUGUGGGCCGCCUUCCCCCCAGACGUCGCCGGAAACGUGGACUACAAGAACAUCUGCUACGUCAUCACACACGGAGAGGAGAAGGAGGAGUAAAAGCUGCUCCCCCGUCACCGCGGCAACGCUCCAUCCUCCCCGUCACCAUGGAAACCGCCCACCCUCCUCCUCCUCCUCCUCCGCCCCCCGCCGCCCGCGCCCCUCCUCCCUCCGCUCCACCCCGAGGAAACGCUCGAGGAUUCAUUCCAAAUUUCUGAAGAAUUCUCCGGGAGGCGGCGGAGCGAGGGAUGAGCGGCGCCCGGCGGAGGAGAGGAGCGACAGAGCAGAAAGAAACAUACCUCUUCUCCUCCUCGUCGUCUCGCUCUUCUCCUCCACUGAAACACAGACGUCCGCCUCUCCUCUGUACCGAAUAAAAGGGACAAACUGUGAAUAAAUCUCUUUUCUUUUUGUACCAGA